AUGAGCGGGGUGUGGGGGGACGGGGGGCCUCGGUGCCAGGCGGCGCUCGCGGUCCUUGCCUCGCUGUGCCGGGGCCGGCCGCCCCCUCUCGGGCUGGACGUGGAGACUUGUCGGAGCUUCGAGCAGCAGCCCCCAGAGCGGAGUCCGAGCGCGGCCGAAGCAGGCACCUCUGUCAGCCUCCUCGCAGUGGUAGUUAUUGUGUGUGGCGUGGCCCUGGUGGCAGUUUUUCUCUUUCUCUUUUGGAAGCUGUGCUGGAUGCCCUGGAGGAACAAGGAGGCCUCCAGUCCCUCUUCUGCUAACCCCACCUUGGAGGCCCUCCAGAGCCCCAGCUCCAGAGGCAACAUGGCAGACAAGCUGAAGGACCCAAGCACCCUGGGCUUCCUGGAGGCCGCCGUGAAGAUCAGCCACACGUCCCCAGAUAUCCCGGCCGAGGUACAGAUGUCGGUCAAGGAGCACAUCAUGCGUCACACGCGGCUGCAGCGACAAACCACAGAGCCAGCGUCAUCCACCAGGCACACGUCCUUCAAGCGCCACCUGCCACGGCAGAUGCACGUCUCCAGCGUAGACUACGGCAACGAGCUGCCGCUAGCAGCAGAGCAGCCCACCAGCAUUGGCCGCAUCAAGCCCGAGCUCUACAAGCAGAAGUCAGUGGAUGGGGACGAUGCCAAGUCCGAGGCCACCAAGAGCUGCGGGAAGAUCAACUUCAGCCUACGCUACGACUAUGAGAGCGAGACCCUGAUUGUGCGCAUCCUGAAGGCUUUUGACCUCCCUGCCAAGGACUUUUGUGGAAGCUCUGACCCUUAUGUCAAGAUCUACCUCCUGCCCGACCGCAAAUGCAAGCUGCAGACCCGGGUGCACCGCAAGACCCUGAACCCCACCUUCGACGAGAACUUCCACUUCCCUGUGCCCUACGAGGAGCUGGCCGACCGCAAGCUGCAUCUCAGUGUCUUCGACUUUGACCGCUUCUCCCGCCACGACAUGAUCGGCGAGGUCAUCCUGGAUAAUCUCUUUGAGGCCUCUGACCUGUCCCGGGAAACCUCCAUCUGGAAGGACAUCCAGUAUGCCACGAGUGAAAGCGUGGACUUGGGAGAGAUCAUGUUCUCCCUCUGCUACCUGCCCACAGCAGGCAGGCUCACCCUCACGGUGAUUAAGUGCCGGAACCUCAAGGCGAUGGACAUCACAGGCUAUUCAGAUCCGUAUGUCAAAGUGUCCCUGCUCUGUGACGGGCGGAGGCUGAAGAAGAAGAAGACAACCAUAAAGAAGAACACUCUCAAUCCUGUCUACAAUGAGGCCAUCAUCUUUGACAUUCCCCCAGAAAACAUGGAUCAAGUCAGCCUGCUCAUCUCGGUUAUGGAUUAUGAUCGAGUGGGCCACAAUGAGAUCAUAGGAGUCUGUCGUGUGGGGAUCAAUGCCGAAGGCCUGGGCAGGGACCACUGGAACGAGAUGCUGGCGUACCCGCGGAAGCCCAUUGCACACUGGCACUCCUUGGUGGAGGUAAAGAAAUCCUUCAAAGAGUGGCAGGGCCGAGCUGCCAGCUUUGACAGCGAGAGCUCCUGUCCGUCUCCGAAACCACCUCCGACACCAUGAGCUGCACAGCCGAGCAACACAAACGGGACCCAGCAAUGUUCUUUUCACACUUGUUAACCGUCUCAACACAGUGUUGUGCAGCUGCAGCGGCAGCUGCGGCCGUCUGUCACUCCAGAGUCUUACCUGCUCCUGUGUAGGUCAAGGCUGAGACGCUUGUCCGCUUGUCGUGUGGUCAGAUCUCUUAGUCUUUUGUGUCUCCCAAGGUGAUGUUUUUGUGGUUUUCACUUUUUAUGGGUCUGCUGUCAAGAAAAGAAGGGGAAAAAAAAAGAGUACGAAAAAACAAAGGGUGAGAGCCCAGAAGUUGGUUCUAUAAAAUACGAUGUAAAAUAGCAGUAUUUUCGGGAGAGGUGGAUUGAGUUUCUGAAAUUUUGUGUCUCCACCAAGCUUUGCAACCCUGGAGAAGGAGGAGGUGGGGUGGAGCUGUGGCUGCAUUUUCAGUGCCCCACAGAGCGGCACAAGUCAAUCAAAGAGCCUUUAUGAGGCUAAUUAUUAUUCUCUGAAGUUCUUUGCUGGUGGGACAUAAACUAAGAUGGGACUCCUGGUCCCGUGUUGAAAUCACAAGACCUCUGAGAUGUUCGUGAGCCUUCAGCUGGUGUGCAGGGUUCCCCUUGGCUUUCUUCGUGAAUUGAAAACGUCCUGAUUCCUCAUGGGAACUUAGUCACUUUCCUUAGGAGCAGUUCUGCUGAAACUAAACAUGCCAUAUGUUUUCUGACGCGCCACAGUUAAUGAUCACAUUUGUUUGAAAACAGAAUCUUUGUUCUCAAAAAUAACCUUCAUUGUAAGGAAAGAGAGGCACAUAUGUUCCGGAAUGAUUUCUGCGUUAUACAUAGCUUUAUAAUUCCAUGAAGUAUCAAGCAGCUUUUUAAAAUGCCUAAACAGAUCAAAGGAAAACCUAGAUAAAAAUGUUCUUUUCUGAAUGGGGAAUUUUGAAAUUCAAGUAACCGUCUGAGACCAUCUUUCUAUGAAGAGUAUCUUCUUGAUUGAAACCAAGUCAGCUGAAGCCUAUUCCAGCCCCAUUGACUCUGGGACAAUAUUUAUCUUAAACUUUAGUUCUAUAAAUUACUAAGUACUUCAGUGUUGUUUGUUUCAGUGGUCGUGAGGACUUUUUGUUUCCUUUAGAUCUCUACCUUAGGCCAAGUUCAGUUAGGGGAAAAAAACAUUCGAACUAUUCUGUAUUGUAAUAGCACAUUUCUGUUACUAGUGGCCUUCCCACCAACCCCUCAGACAGGGUGAUUUGCUCAGUCUCGGUCUGUACGGCCCUGGUAGGCACAAGGAGGGGAGUUUCUACUUCAGCUUGUGACUACAAUGCCAGUCUCCAGAGCUGUGUGUAUGACUUGCAAAAGGCAAGUCUGCUAGAGAACCCCUUCCUUCAACAACAGAAAGUCAAGAACAUAAAAAAUAUUCACACACGUUGUGUCUUAUACUUUAUAUUUGUCACAUGCUGUAGAAGCAGCAACAAUAAAGUAACCCUCAUUUU